AACCUGACACAAUUUUUUAUUUCUCUCCAACAUCUAUCAAAAAAAUAUUCUUCUUAUCGCAAGCUACAUUUAUAGGAUGAAGUAGACCAUACUUGAUCCUAGAUGGCAAUGCGCAAGACAGUGUUCUCUAUGACAGUUGUCACUUGUCAAUAAAAAUUGUCAUUUUCUUUUUGAAAAUUUAAAUAGAGCAAAUAAAUAUAUGGUAAUAUGUAUCGUAUAAAAUAAAUCGUGUAAUUCAUUAUUUCCUAAUCCUAAAACAGUACGGUUCACGGUUUUUUAUUGUAAUCGGUAUAGAUAUUUUCAGUUCGUCUCAUUUACUGUAAAACAAUAAAUCUUUUUUAUUUAAAAUGAGUCGAGAAAAAAGAGAAUCUGAGUAUCCAACACAAUUAGAAUCUCAAUUUAUAAUUAGGCUGCCUCAAGAGCCUGCAAAAGUGUUAAGUGAAUUAAUAAAGUCUGGUGAAAAUUUUAAAAACAGACUAAGAAUUCAAAUAAAUGAUGAUUCGAGACACGGUGAAUUAAGACUUGAUCACUGGUUAUUACAUGCGAAAAUCGUAGAUUUACCAACAAUUGUGGAGUCAUGGAAAACCAUUGAUAGAAAAAGUUUAUAUAAAUCAGCAGAUAUUUGUCAGAUGAUGAUUUGUAAAGAAGAACUAGACGAAACGACAGAAGAAGAAACGCCUAUAAAAAAUAAAAAGAGGGAUCCAUUAAAAGUUGAUAAAAAAUAUCUGUGGCCCCAUGGAAUCACUCCGCCUACGAAAAAUGUGAGAAGACGACGUUUUCGCAAAACACUAAGAAAAAAAUGUGCCGAGUCACCUGAAAUUGAGAAAGAGGUAAAAAGACUAUUGAGGGCGGAUAAUGAUGCUCUCAGUUUUACAUGGGAAGUAAUUAAAGAGGAAGAUGAGCAAGUAAAUAAACAUCAACCAACCGACUUAAUAACCCUUAAAGAAAAGAAUUUUAAGAUAGACUCGCAGAAAGGUGCUAAUGAUUCAAAGGAAACAUCAAAAGUGGAGGAUAUAUUUGGAGAUGCUCUGAGUGAUAGUGAUAUUGAUGAUGAUAAUGUGAAUGUUGGCCUAAAGGAUAGACAACCUCCCUGUGAGAGCUCUUUGACUGAAGCAAAUUCUCCUCAUGGUUUAGUACCAAUAAAAGGAGGAGAUUUGUCCCAAGAGCUUAAGGCUGAUAUAUUUUUACCUCAUAAGAAAAAGGCAACUACACACCAAGGUAACUGCAUAAACAUACCUAGUUCUUCCUACACAUCAGAUGAUAACAAACAGCAACAAUCAACAUCAAGUAGUAAUGAUAAUUUAACAUUACUACAAGAACUUACUACAGACUUAGAAGAAUUAAAACAAAGGAGACAAAGAACACAACUUGAAAUAUCCAAAUUAGAAAACUUGACAUUAAGACAAAGAUUUCAAGAUAUCUUAAAAACGAUAAACAGGGAAAUUAUAAUGAAGGAAAUGGAGUAUCAUAAAUUGAAGACACAAACAAAAUAACUAUUUUGUUAUAAGUGCUUUCUGUUAUAUGAAUAAUACAUUAAUUACCUAAAUAUAUAUUAACUAAAUGUAUAAUGUUAAAUAAGAUAAACAUUUUUAAUUAAAUCUAGGUUAGUUUGCACAAUGUCACUAUAUGAUGAUCUCAUGACAAGUUUACUAUUGUAUAUUUAACCGUAAUAUUAGAAUUACUGAAUAUUUAAGUUUUUCCUAGGAUA